GCGGGGCCUCGACAACGCCAUCAAGUAGCCCGGGGAACGGCCGGCGCGCUCGGGACCGGUGGGCGGCGGAGGCCGGAGCCGCUGGGCCGCAGGACCUGAGUCCGCGUCGGCCCCGCCAUGCGCCCGCCGCCCUGGGCUGCGCCGGGGUGGCUGCUGCUGCCGCUGCUCCUGCUGCCGCCGCCGCUGGCCGCCCUGGAAGCCUCUCGGAAGCCGACGCCCUGUCAGCGGUGCCGGGGGCUGGUGGACAAGUUCAACCAGGGCAUGGCGGACACGGCGAACAAGAACUUCGGCGGCGGGAACACGGCUUGGGAGGAAAAGACGCUGUCCAAGUACGAGUUCAGUGAGAUCCGCUUCCUGGAGAUCGUGGAGGGCCUGUGUGGGAGCAGCGACUUCGAGUGCAACCAGAUGGUGGAGGAGCACGAGGAGCACCUGGAGGCCUGGUGGCUGCAGCUGAAGAAGGAGCACCCCGACCUGCAGGAGUGGUUCUGCGUGCAGACGCUACAAGUGUGCUGCUCUCCAGGGACCUACGGCCCCCACUGUCACGAGUGCCAGGGCGGCUCCGAGAGGCCCUGCAGUGGAAACGGCCGUUGCGACGGAGACGGCAGCAGGCAGGGGGACGGGUCCUGCCAGUGCCACGUGGGGUACCAGGGGCCGCUGUGCACUGACUGUGCGGACGGCUACUUCAGCUCGCUGAGGAACGAGACCCACAGCGUCUGCACAGCCUGUGACGAGUCCUGCAAGACCUGCUCGGGCCCCACCAACCGACACUGCAGCGAGUGCGAAGUGGGCUGGGAGCGCGUGCAGGACGCCUGCGUGGACGUGGACGAGUGCGGGGCCGAGGCGUCCCCCUGCAGCGAGGCGCAGUACUGUGAGAACGUCAGUGGCUCCUACCUAUGCGAAGAUGCUUGGGUCCUGCCACCCACGGGGGACACUUGGAUGGAGCUCCUGGCUCCCGGCUUCCGCCUGGCCCGCCACUCUUGGGAUAAGCCUUCGGGGCGUGAACCAGACAUGGAAGACGUCUCACUCUGCCUUUCAAAAAAGUGAAAACAAAAAUGAAAGCGUCUUACCUUUAAAAAGAAUGUAGCAACACAGGGAACAGAAAUGUGGUGCAGAAAACUCAGGAAGUUCUUUUUUAAAGAUGUAUUACUUAUCUGAAAGCGCUACGGAGGGGGAGAGGUGCUGCUUGCCCGGUUCGCCAGCGCUGCAGCCGCGGCUGUACCCGCUGCGCCUUGGCGCCUCCGGCAGCCUGGACUGCGUAACAGGAGUGGGCAUGCAGCCUGGCGGCUCUACGCCGCCGCGCCAGGUGUGACGGCCAGCUCUGGCUCCUGCCGUCAGAGGGGCGGCCUGGUGGGGGGAGCCAGCAGAAGGAAGCUCUGUCCCUCUCUCUGCCUCUCAAGUCAAAAAGAAUGACCCAACCUCGACAGUGUUCCCACCAUCGUGAACCACGAGCCCUGGAGAUGAACCCGUGAACACGCCUCAUCUUUGGAUUAACUUCCAAACGACUCAGAGAAGGAAGGAUGUGUAUCAGGGCCCUCGCACCUCCAGAGACUGUGCCGGUGCACGGUGCUCCCCUGGGCCUGCCACAGCCCUCUCACCUCCAGAGACUGUGCCGGCGCACGGUGCUCCCCCCGGGCCUGCCAUAGCCCUCGCACCUCCAGAGACUGUGCCGGCGCACGGUGCUCCCUGGGCCUGCCACAGCCCUCGCACCUCCAGAGAGACUGUGCCGGCGCACGGUGCUCCCCCGGGCCUGCCACAGCCCUCGCACCUCCAGAGACUGUGCCAGCGCACGGUGCUCCCCCCGGGCCUGCCACAGCCCUCUCACCUCCAGAGACUGUGCCGGCACACAGUGCUCCCCGGGCCUGCCACAGCCCUCGCACAUCCAGAGACUGCCGGCACACAGUGCUCCCCCGGGCCUGCCACAGCCCUCGCACAGGGGUCUGGCAGUGGUCUCUGCCUGGGCUGCAGCCCGGAAGCCUGGAGGGCAGGGGCGCAGCUCUCGUUGGGCCCCCUGCAGGCAGACAACCCAGACCACCAAGCGUGAGGUGUGUUUUGUUUUGAGAAAUCCACCAGACCCCGUUUCUUCAGCAGAAGGACUGUCGGGUCUUGGUUUUGUCUUUUGUCUCUUCCUUUGAUUUUACUGGGAAGGCACAGAGAGGUCUUCCAUUUGCAGGUUCACUCCCCAGAUGCUCGCAACAGACAGGGCUGGGCCAGGCCAAGCCAGGAGCCUGGGAGUGGGUCCCAGCACUGGGGGUGCGGCAGGAGGCGGGGCCGGAAGGAGCCAGCACUUGAGCUGGGCGUCCCCCGGGACCCCACUGCUGCCGGCAUGACGGCCCUGCAGGAGCAUUGUGUGCCUGGCCACAGACGGGGU